AUGGAUGACAGUGAUAUUAACAAAGAAUUGAAGCAGAAAUUAAACUUUUCCUAUUGUGAAGAAGAGACUGAGAAUGAAGGGCAGAAGAAAGCACAAGAGAAUAGAGAGGCCCAGAGUCAAACCCCAGAAAAGUCUGAAUUUCAAGCUUCAGAGGCAAAGUUUACAAAUCCCCAAACCCCUGAACCCAGCACAUUUCAGGGAAAAGACAAAGGAAGUCCAGAUGAGAUUCUGAAGACUCCAGUAUCGGGCUCUCUCAAGUGUCCCGAAACACCGGCACAACCGGACACCAGGAGAAAACUGCUGCACUGUGACAGUCCCUUUACUCCCAAAGGCCUGCCGAGCCAGUCGGUGAUUUCCUCAACAGGGAAGGUCCCCUCCCGAGGCUCUAAGCAUCUGCGCCUCACACCUGUUUCCUCCAUGGAUGAUUUGACCUCAUUGGCUCUGGUCAACAUUAAUCCCUUCACACCAGAGUCCUAUAGAAAAUUAUUCCUUCAAUCCAAUGGCAAGAGGAAAACCAGAGCAGAGCUUGAAGAAGUUGAUCCAGGGGAAGGCAAGGCAGAACAAGGGCUGCCUGCCAAGAGAUGUGUCCUACGAGAAACCAACAUGAAUUCUCGCUAUGAAAAGGAAUUCUUGGAGGUAGAAAAAAUUGGAGUUGGAGAAUUUGGCACAGUCUACAAGUGCAUUAAGAGGCUGGAUGGAUGUAUUUAUGCAAUAAAACGCUCUACAAGACCUUUAGCAGGAUCAUCAAAUGAGAAUUUGGCUUUGCGUGAAGUUUAUGCCCACUCAGUACUUGGGCAUCAUCCCCACGUGGUACGUUAUUACUCUGCAUGGGCAGAAGAUGAUCACAUGAUCAUUCAGAAUGAAUACUGCAAUGGUGGGAGCUUGCAAGUUGCUAUAUCAGAAGCCAAGAAGUCUGGCAAUCAUUUCCAAGAGCCAAAACUCAAGGACAUCCUUCUACAGAUUUCCCUUGGGCUUAAGUAUAUUCAUAACUCUGGCAUGGUGCACCUGGACAUCAAACCAAGUAACAUCUUCAUUUGUCGUAAGAUGCAAACUGACUCUCCUGUAGAUCCAGAAGAAACUGAAAAUGAAUCAGAUUGGUUUCUCUCUGCCAAUGUGAUAUAUAAAAUCGGUGACCUGGGCCAUGUGACCUCAAUAAGCAAACCCAAAGUGGAAGAGGGAGAUAGUCGCUUCCUGGCUAAUGAGAUUUUGCAAGAGGAUUAUCGACAUCUUCCCAAAGCAGACAUAUUUGCCUUGGGGUUAACAAUUUCAGUGGCCGCAGGAACAGAAUCACUACCCACCAAUGGUGUUGAAUGGCAUCAUAUCCGCCUGGGUAACCUUCCGGACAUUCCUCAGAAGCUCUCAGAAGACUUUUACAAUCUGCUCAAGAAUAUGAUCCACCCUGAUGCAGAGCACAGACCUUUUGCAGCAGCUCUGACCAGAAAUCGAGUUCUCCGGCCCUCUCUGGGGAAAACUGAGGAGCUCCAGCAGCAGCUGAACUUGGAAAAGUUCAAGACAGCCACACUGGAAAGGGAACUGAGAGAAGCCCAGCAGACUCAGUCCCCCAAAGAAAAUAUCCAUCAAGGUGACCCUGGGUUCUCUGGAGCCCACACAGGAGCAAGAAGCACCAAACGCCUGGUGGGAGGAAAGAGCGCAAGGUCUUCAAGCUUUACCUGUGGGAAAUCUUGAAGGAACAGUUUUGUUUUCCCUUUCCCAUGCUCCAUAAGAAUUCAUUUACACCAACCAUUCUUCUACUGUAUAGAUUCCAGAAAUAUUGUCCCAACCUUUUUCUUAUAAAAUUGAAAAAUUAACCAACUUGAAUGCCCAAAGAUUUCAAAAGCCACUCCUAAUCCUAAAGCUAUUAAGGGUUUUUAUUACCAAUUGUCCCAAGUAUAAUAAUUGGUAGCCAUUUCUCUUCUCUUUUGUUAUAUUCCCAACACCACCUUUCCACAAUUUAUGUGCUUCUCACAUUUGUUCUAACAAAGGGAAAGCAUGGGCUUCUGAAUUGAAAGAAGAAAAGGAAGUUGCCCUGGGUGAGGCUUAUGGAAUAAGAGGCUGUUGUUGCCAAUUAUCCACUAAGGAUCCCAGGGCUCCCACUGUACAUAGAAAAGAAUAAAACUUGGUUUUGAAUUAACAUAAUAGCUUAUGAGAAAAUCUGCCUGGAUUUCAACAGUGCUUCCUGUGUUAUAUGAUGCUAUUCCUAAAAGAAAAUUCUUAGCCACUUUAAACUAGUGGUUCUCCUAAUAUAUUUUCUGGAUGGAGACAAUUGCUUUUCCUGAUAUUGCAUUUAUUAAAUAAAUGGCUUCACCAGUACGUGAGAUAGUUAGAAAUAAGACUACAUAUAACUUGAACAUUUCUGAGCUGGCUGUUAACUUGUUGGACAAAAAAACUGGGAAUAGAGGGUUCGAGAGAAAUUUGACUUUGCCAUUCUCCCUCAAUCUGUUUGCCUGGAUUCUCUUGUGGCUGUUAUGACUAUUCUUGAUUUUCUGGGUGUCACUAAUUUCUCUUGAUCUUUUGAUCAGAAUUUGGCUUUGUUUCCUGUGAUUUUAUCAUAUUUUAUUUGAAUCCUUUUC